AUGCUCCCGAGAUCCCUGGGGGAGGCAAGCAAGCUCUCCCAGUCAUUUUUCUUAAUUUUUUGGUCCCACAAGCCUGUUCUCCAAUCAUCAUUCAUCGAUAUCACAGCAUCAAAUCCCCAGUUCGAGAUAUCCCCACAUAUCAGUACCACAGAACUCGAUAGAGCUGAUACCACUGGAUUGUCAUCUCCAGUAAUCGUUAAAACCUUCGUCAUGGUCGCCCACCAUACCGGCCUUAAGGCCAAAGAGAAAGGCCCCACUACGUCUGAAUCCGAAAGAUAUGCCCAAGCAUGCGCCGCCGUCGCCAACCACCUUAUCCAGCUUCAUGAAGAGUCGGGCGGGAAAGGAAAAGAUGUUAACUUGAACUCUUUACGGGGAACUAUUGCAAAAAAGUUCAAGCUCACAAGGACGCCACCAUUGACCGACAUUAUUGCAGCUGUUCCAGAGCAUUAUAAGAAGUAUAUAGUGCCUAAACUGGUGGCGAAGCCAGUUAGAACAAGCUCUGGUAUUGCUGUGGUAGCUGUUAUGUGCAAGCCGCACAGAUGCCCCCACAUCGCAUUCACUGGGAAUAUUUGUGUCUACUGCCCUGGUGGGCCGGAUUCCGACUUUGAAUACAGCACACAAUCGUACACCGGUUACGAGCCUACAAGCAUGCGAGCGAUCCGAGCCCGUUAUGACCCCUUCGAACAGGCCCGUGGUAGAGUUGAACAGCUUCGACAACUUGGUCAUAGCGUCGAUAAAGUCGAAUACAUCAUCAUGGGAGGUACAUUCAUGUCCCUUCCGGAAUCUUAUAGGGAUUGGUUUAUCAGCAGCCUCCACAAUGCCCUCUCUGGGCAUACGACGGAAAACGUUGAUGAAGCGGUCCAGUUUGCCGAACAAUCACAGACGAAGUGUGUUGGAAUUACAAUUGAAACACGGCCUGAUUACUGUCUCGAUACCCAUCUUUCGUCUAUGCUUCGGUACGGCUGCACACGUCUCGAAAUCGGUGUCCAGAGUUUGUAUGAAGACGUUGCACGAGAUACGAACCGAGGUCAUACCGUUAAAGCUGUGUGCGAAACAUUUAAGCUAGCGAAGGAUACGGGAUACAAAGUUGUUUCGCACAUGAUGCCGGAUCUACCGAACUGUGGUAUGGAAAGAGAUUUGGACCAAUUUAGAGAGUACUUUGAGAAUCCUGAGUUCAGAACGGACGGCUUGAAAAUCUACCCUACCUUAGUGAUCAGAGGAACGGGGUUGUACGAGCUUUGGCGAACGGGGAGGUACAAGAAUUAUACACCAAACGCCUUGAUUGACUUAGUGGCUAGGAUCAUGGCUCUGGUGCCCCCAUGGACGAGAAUCUACCGUGUGCAGCGGGAUAUCCCCAUGCCACUGGUGACAUCCGGUGUUGAGAAUGGUAAUCUGAGAGAGUUAGCGCUGGCGAGAAUGAAGGAUUUUGGAACAACUUGUCGUGACGUCAGAACACGAGAAGUUGGUAUCCAGGAAAUUAAACACAAAGUUCGACCAGACCAAGUCGAGUUGAUUCGAAGGGACUAUACCGCGAAUGGAGGCUGGGAGACGUUCCUUUCAUAUGAGGACCCUAAGCAGGAUAUCUUGAUUGGGUUGUUAAGACUGAGAAAAUGUUCCGAUAGAACCUUCAGGCCUGAGCUUACUGGUCAGCCCACAAGUUUGGUACGAGAGCUCCAUGUUUACGGAAGCGCAGUACCAGUCCACGGAAGAAAUCCGAAGAAAUUCCAGCACCAAGGCUUCGGAACCUUGUUGAUGGAGGAAGCAGAGAGAAUAGCGAGAGAUGAGCAUGGUAGCGAAAAGAUAAGCGUUAUCAGUGGUGUGGGUGUACGAAAGUACUAUGCUAGCCUUGGGUAUUUCCUCGAUGGACCAUACAUGUCCAAGAUACUCGUGUAG